AUGAAGCACCGGUCACCUUCAGAACAGCAUCACGGGAAGCAGCCGCGGGUCGGUGUCCCCACCGCGGCCGCCUCAGCCUCACCGCAGAGCGACAUGGAGGACAAACCGACGUUCACUCCGCGGGAGCUCACCCAAAACCCAUUGAAGAAGAUAUGGAUGCCAAAUAAACACGGCCUCCCUGAAAAACACAUUUCUCAUCGAAUGGUAUGCAUGACCAACUGUCCAACUCUGAUCGUGACUGUGGGCCUCCCUGCACGAGGAAAAACCUACAUCUCAAAGAAGCUGACCCGCUAUCUGAACUGGAUCGGAGUGCCAACCAGAGAGUUCAAUGUUGGACAAUAUCGAAGAGAGUUCCUGAAGAUCUACAAGUCCUUUGAGUUUUUCCGUCCAGAAAAUGAGGAAGGGUUAAAGAUCAGGAGGCAGUGUGCUUCAGCCGCUCUAAAUGAUGUGCGACAGUAUUUAACAGAAGAAGGAGGCCAAGUAGCUGUGUUUGAUGCAACAAACACAACCAGAGAAAGAAGGGACACCAUUUUGGAGUUUGCAGAACAGAACGGCUUUAAGGCCUUUUUCGUAGAGUCAGUGUGUGAAGAUCCAGAAGUCAUCCAGGAAAACAUAGUUCAAGUGAAGCUGGGAAGCCCUGACUACACAAACUGCAACACAGAAGAAGCAGUGGAGGAUUUCAUGAAGAGGAUAAAAUGUUAUGAAAACUCUUAUGAGACGCUGGAUGAGGUUUUAGACAGGGAUCUUUCUUUCAUCAAAAUUAUGGAUGUAGGCCAGCGCUACUUGGUUAACAGAGUGCUGGACCACAUCCAGAGCCGGAUUGUCUACUACCUCAUGAACAUCCACAUUACGCCGCGCUCCAUCUACCUUUGUCGCCACGGUGAGAGUGAGCUUAACGUAAAGGGUCGGAUCGGAGGAGACUCCGGUCUGACGCCGAGGGGCAAAGAGUUUGCUAAGAAGCUGAACCAGUUUAUCCAGACACAGAACAUAAGUGAACUGAAGGUAUGGACCAGUCAGAUGAAGAGAACCAUCCAGACAGCAGAGGCCCUCAAUGUUCCCUAUGAGCAGUGGAAGGUGCUCAAUGAGAUUGACGCGGGUGUGUGUGAAGAGAUGAUGUAUGAGGAGAUCCAGGGAAAUUAUCCUCUGGAGUUUGCCUUAAGGGACCAGGACAAAUACCGCUAUCGCUAUCCAAAAGGAGAGUCGUACGAGGACUUGGUGCAGCGCUUGGAGCCAGUCAUCAUGGAGCUGGAGAGGCAGGAGAACGUGCUGGUCAUCUGUCACCAGGCUGUCAUGAGGUGUCUGUUGGCUUACUUUCUGGACAAGACAGCAGAGGAGCUGCCAUACCUGAAGUGUCCUCUGCACACCGUGUUGAAGCUGACACCUGUUGCCUACGGCUGUAAAGUGGAGUCCAUCAGCCUGAAUGUGGAGGCAGUCAACACGCACAGAGAGAAACCUGAGAACGUAGAAGUGACACGGAUGUCAGAGGAGGCUUUGAUUACUGUGCCAGCUCACCAGUGAGGCAGUUAGCCCUCCUCAACAUCCUCAAACUUUUCCUCUUUUAGCCAUGAUUACGCACAAUGAAACCUUAGGACGCACAAAAUGUACAAUCCAAAAUUCUUGAUUGAACCUCCUUCCUUUGGUCUUGUCUUCUGUUUUUUCUUUUUUUUCCACUUUUAUCUGAAGACAUGAUUAUGGUGGUAUUUAACUGGAUACCAGCUAUUAUUAUUGUUAUUUUUAAACCUACCAUGAAUGUUGUCAUGUUCACGCUCUCAUUUUUGGAGAAUGAACGAAAACCUAAUGAGGGUAUUUUUAAAAAUGACUCUGCACUCCAAACCAUGAAGCAAUGAAGCUCCAGCACCUUGUCUGAAGAAGCACCUUUUACCUUUAUACACUUUCAAAUUUUAUUCAUUGAUCAAGUUUUUUUUUAGUAGUGCCUCAGUUUUAACUAAACUCUAAUCUGUCUACACAAUUAAAAUAAAAUGUACCUAACAAUAAUUUAUUAGUAUGUGAAAGUGUUAAUUAAAAAAUUGCUGUAUAUAGUUGUAUUUGACACAAUGUGAAAGAUAUUACAGUAUAUUAAAACAUAUGUUUGCUGUUUCUGAAUAAAAUUCAACCAAGCAUUAACUGAUCCAUA